AACUUCUAUGGUGCCGCCUUCAAAUUGAAGGUUCCAAAACCGUCCAUGCAAUUGGCCAAUAGGAGCAAAGCCCUAACUUUCCCAAAUUUGCCCUAGCCACGUCAUCAUUAUAUGGUGUAGGAGUAUAUGGUACAUCAGCAUUUACUUUUCUUUCAAACCCCUAACUUUUUACUUAUUACAUUAUAUGCUUCUUUUAUUUUAUUAAAUGUAUUCAGUUUUAAUUCAUCAUAUAAUUAAUUUCCAACUCUUAAAAAAAAUUUAACUCCAAAUUCCUUCAUUAUACUUGUUCUUCAUUAGUUCAUCACUCAGGAACUGGUCCUCUCUUCUCUCUGCUCGAACAAAAAACCCAGCCACGGCCAAACACUCAUCACCCACCACCGCCCUUCUCCGUCUUUAAAAAAUCUAGAUGUUGUGGGUGGUGGUGCGACGAGUGGCUUUGCCCUCCGCAUCACUUCUUUCACCCGGUAGGGAUUGCUAACGUCAGAUCUGUAUGCGACGGUGGUCAGUGUGCUUUCCGGCGGCCGUUGCAGUGCCGUUGUACUGGUGUUUUGCUUGUUUCAUCUGUUUGGAUCUUGAACUCAUAUGGGUGUUGUCUGUGGGGAAGGCUUUGCCUAUACAAGCUCACCCUGAUAAGGAGUUGGCUUGGAUGCUACAUAAAUUGCAUCCUGAUGUGUAUAAAGAUGGGAAUCAUAAACCUGAGAUGGCUCUUGCAAUGACAGAUUUUGAGGCUCUUUGUGGAUUUAUUACUCUUAAGACGCUGCAUGUGGUGGAACGAUAUGGGAGGGAGAAGAAGGAGGUCGUCGUCGGGCUGUUGUGGGAGAGGGAUAGAGUAUGGGAAGGGGAGAUAAAAUCAAACCAGGAAGAGACAUAUAAUGAUCCCAAGACGGAGCGAUCUAUGGGUGGUUUCAAAUGAGAGGUAAUGAAGUCUUGAUUAAAUGCAUCGAGAUGUAUUUCAAACAUAGGAACUGAUGCAGUAACGAAGUUUU